GUGAUACCCUGAAUCUCUCUUGCUUUGUUGACAGCUACCCACCAGCACCAUCUAUCACCUGGAGUAAGAACAGCUUUGGAACAGAAUAUCUCUGGACUGGCCUCUCUCACCAUCUCCAACAUGACAAGAGAACAUGCUGGGGAGUAUGUGUGUAAAGCUCAACACCUCAACAGGACUCUGACAGCUUCCAUUGUUGUCACUGUGAUGUACCAUCCUGUGAUUCUCAAUGCUUCUGGGUGUGUCAUCCAGGCAAAGGUCAUGACCUGUGUGUGUGUCAGCCAGGGGGUUCCCUUACCUCUCAUAGGCUGGCUUAACACUGAGGAGUACUCCCUCACUAAAUCAGUGUUGAGGUCCUCAGUGAACACCACCAUCAGGAUGCAUGUCGGAAACCACAACAACACUACUGUGGAAUGUGUCAGCACAAAUGAAGUGGGCAGAGUGAGAGAGAAGCUGCAAGUCACCCAAAAAGAGAGCCAAGGAAAGCAAGGAGAGGAAGUAUCUAAAGACAUCUGGGCUCUGCUGUUGAACCCACCACUGAUUGCUGCAUUUGUGAUUGGUGCAGCCUGCUCAGCCACCAUCUGUUGUAUCAUCCUGUGUUUGACAGGGAAAUGUAAAAGAUGCAAAGAGAGGAUCCCAAAGGACUCAGACUCCAAAAGCGCUUUAACGAAACUGGAGAUGGUGGCAUGUGAAGACCAACAGACGAAUUCAGGACCGGCUGUACGGGGCGAACAGACCCCUCUGCAGGUGGUGCUGAUGGAGGGAGCUGAAAACACAGGACCCCAGACCAGUGGAGCUGCAGGAAACUCUGCCAAAGGGGAAGAACCUCAAGAUGUGCACUACGCCACUAUCAACUACUCCCAACUGAAGAAGACUCCUGAGGAGGCAGAGAAGAAGACCACCACCUCAGAGUCAGAGUACGCCAAAAUCAAACGAGAGAAUAAGAAAGAAGGGUAUGAAGGUGGAGGAGAGGGGAGUGGAGUGAUGAAUGAGGAGGAGAACGAGAAUGGUAAGCCAGCAGCAGAGACAUAUAAGAAUACAGAGCUUUACUCCAACGUCAAGGCUAUUAUGGGUGGUGAGUGACACAGCAAUUUUCACUAGAAACAUGGGGGAUAGCAUGCAGUAUUAUAUAGCCAUGUGUUCCUUUAUCAUUUUCUGAAUCCAGAUUGAAUGUUUUAUGUUGAUACUGGGACUUUUGCUCAACUGAAACUACUGUAGUUUUGGUGUUGUUUCCUCAUGUGCCAAAUCAAGUUUGAAUGUUUUAUGAUAAUACAGAGACGUUGUUUAAUAACUGAAACUACUGUAGUUAAUAGUUUUGGUAAAUGAUUUAUUUUACAGCCCUGUGUCAGAUGGUACUGUAUGUAUCUGGUGGUUGUAACAUUUACAAUAACAAUAUUUUCUAGUUGUACAUAGAAGCAAGUUUUGGUCAAGUUUUUAUAAAGUUUUUCAAGGAAGAGUAAUUUUACUUUUGUAAUGACAGUGUUUUGUCACCAAGGGGAAGGACUGACACAUACGCGGUUGGGAAAAGUAUAGGUCAAGACAUUUCUUUUUGCUUCUCCUCUUUCCUUUCAUUUUUGCAUUUUGAUUUGACAAGUGGGUGGGGAUAUUAAGUAGUAUGUGUGGAUGUAAUCAAUAUAUUUCUGUAAAUAGAAUACUGAUAGACUGUUGAAAAUGUCAUUCAGAAUUCUCAUUUUGGGCUAGCCAGAGAGCUCAAAUGAAAGAAUCAAGAAAAAAAGUACAUUAUGCUUUUAAAUGUUGUUUUCUUUAGACAGCUUGGUUGUUUAGCAACAAAACAGAUGCGAGCACAACUAUGUGGUAAAACAGAUGGGUUGGCUUAGAUCGUUGACGACAUGUCACAUAUUUCAUCUCCAAUGUUUGAAAAUAUAAAUACAUUUGCACAAUGAGCACUUGUUGUCUCUCAAAUACAUUGUUACAGUUGUUUGGUUAGCGAGGUAGCAUUUUUUGUGUGCCAUAUUAGCAAAUAACACCCCCCAAAAAUAUGACACUUCAAGAACAACAUAAAACUAGCUGAAACGAGCCAACUACUAUUCGCCAGAUGGCAGCUUUGUGUCAUUGCUGCUAGAUAUCUGGCCAUCCAGAAUCACCACAACAUGCGGUCUUCUGCCCCAUUGAAGCAUGCCUAUCGUUUUCAUGACAUUGUCAGCGAACCCAUUUAUGAGAAUAUUUUUCUAUUCAUAAGUGUGCAUUAUUGCAGUAUUGUUUUAUAUUGAGGCACUACCUCAAUCUUUUUUUAUAUUUUCAUUUGUUUGUUCUCUGAAAUCUGUUAAAAGAAUGUAUAAAUGGUACAUUUUCCAACUUACCAUCUCCACAAAUUUCAUUCAAUAGUAAUUAUAAGCUACCAAUUGAAUAAAUCAGUAAUGGGCAACUUUGAUGGGGGUGGAGGCCCCCCAAAAAAUCAGGUCUGCAUACCCACAUCUAUACCCACACAUGUAGUCAGAUGUAGUCAGAUGUAGUCAGAGCCAGAGUCAGGGCUCUGACUACAUGUGGGUAUGCAGCCCUGUGAGCCACUGCGGCCCCCUGUGAUGAUUUUAUUUUGGUGGUGCAAUGGUACAUUCUGCCACCUAGAGUGUGUUAUAUGAACAGGAAUAAAGCUAAGGUUGGUGAUUUACUGCCACCUGCAGAAAUAUAUGCUUACAAGUAUAAUUCAUUGGCUGAUCUCUCCUGAUUAUUUGAAUUGAAUCAUGUGAUCCCUCUUUAAAACCUCUUAAGGAUCCAUUUAAAUUUUCGCCUAAAAUGAUUUACCCAAAUCUAACUUGAUUAAUUUUCCGAAAUAGGCUUUAAAUACAUUAAUGGCUAAAUAAAUAUAUACAGUUCCUUGCGAAAGUAUUCGGCCCCCUUGAACUUUGCAACUUUUUUUGUGAAGAAUCAACAACAAGUGGGACACAAUCAUGAAGUGGAACGACAUUUAUUGGAUAUGUCAAACUUUUUUAACAAAUCAAAAACUGAAAAAUUGGGCGUGUUCUGUUGGAACGGUGUUCUGUUGGAAAGUCAUAGCCAGCCAGCUAACAUAGCAUCCCUCUGUUUGAGCGGGGGUUUUGAGUGGGCUAAAUUGGCUAGCUACAUUUGCUAAGUAAGUGAAAGUGGAAAAAAAAUAAUCUCUCUCUCUUACUUCUCCUUCAUUUUUUUGAAGAAAUUCAUUUGUUCAAAACUGUUCAACUAAUGUCUUUCUGUCACGUCCUGACCUUAGUUCCUUUUUCAUGUCUCUAUUUUGGUUUGGUCAGGGCGUUAGUUGGGGUGGGCAUUCUAUGUUUUUGUUCUAUGUUUUGUAUUUCUGUGUUUGGCCUGGUAUGGGUCCCAAUCAGAGGCAGCUGUCUAUCGUUGUCUCUGAUUGAGAACCAUACUUAGGUAGCCUGUUCCCACCUGUGUUUGUGGUUAGUUGUUUUCUGUUUUGUGUUUUUUCACCUGACAGGACUGUUUCGUUUCUUAAAUUCUCAUUGGUAUUUUUGUUUUCUGUUCUGUUAUAUUAAAAUAUUAACAUGGACACUUA